CCCCCUCAGGCUGUGCCCUCGGCUCUCUCCCAGGUUGAACCUUCGGGAGCUGGGCCCCUGGGCCUCGCAUAUGCGUUGGCUGGUCUGGAUCAUGGCCUCUGUGGGCACCGUCUAUGUCUUCUUCUUCCAUGAGCGGUACAAGCUCGUGGAGCUGCUCUGCUAUGUUAUCAUGGGCUUCUUCCCCGCCCUGGUCAUCCUCUCAAUGGACACGGCCUUUACCCUGCCAUCGGCCAGAGCCGUCCGUCCUUGUCCAUGAAGGCUGGCCCACCAUGUUUUAUGGGACCCACUUCAUCAUGUCUCCACCCACCAAGAGCAAGCUAAAGCGGCAGAGCCAGCUUCUGUCCAGCGUGCUGUCCCGGACGCUGAGCUACAAGUACCGCGACCUGGACACCACCUUUUCCAGCCUGGGCGCCAGCGACGACCCCGCGGAGCUCUCCACCCAGCUCUCGGCCCCCGGGGUCCUGAAGGUGUUCGGGGACAGCGUCUGCUCGGGCACCCACUACAAGAGCGUCCUGGCCACGGGCACGUCCAGCGCCCAGGAGCUGGUGAAGGAGGCCCUGGAGCGCUAUGCCCUGAGCCCCGAGUGCGCCAGCCAGUACGUGCUGUGCGACGUGGUGGGCCAGGCCGGCGACUCUGGGCAGCAGUGGCGGGCCGAAGGCUUUCGGGUGUUUGGGGACAACGAGAAGCCCCUCCUGAUCCAGGAAUUAUGGAAACCCCGCGAGGGCUUGUCCCGGAGGUUUGAGCUGAGAAAGAGGUCAGACGUGGAAGAGCUGGCAGCCAAGGACGUGGACACCAUGACGGCAGGGAUAAACGCCCAAGCCCGGAGGCUGCAGCGGAGCCGCGCCAAGGGGACACCGGCCCUGGCUUCGGGCGCCGCCCAGAGCCCCCCCACAUCCCGGCUGCGCCGCACCGUCAGCGAGACCAGCCUGAGCUCUGCCACCGCCCAGGGCGCCGAGGACCCUGGCCCGGACGCCAUGCGCUACUCCCUGUACGAGUCGCCCCACCUGCUGCUUCUGCAGGGCUACAGCCAGCAGCAUGACAGCCUGGUGUACCUGCUCAACCGGGAGCAGCACACGGUGGGCCAGAGGACCCCUUCCAGCAAGCCCAGCGUCAGCCUCUCGGCCCCGGACAUCCUGCCCUUGCACUGCACCAUCCGCAGGCACCGGCCUGCGGGCCCAGAGAGGCCAGGGAACAGGCUGGUCCUGGAGCCCGUCCCCGGGGCGCCCGUGUCCAUCAACUUCUCGGAGGUGGGGGGCCGGGCCGUGGUGCUGCGCCACGGGGACCUGCUCUCCCUCGGCCUCUACUACCUGCUGCUGUUCAAGGACCCGGCGCAAGCCCAGCCCCUGCCCGCCCAGGCCCUGGCCCGGCUGCGGGCUGGGCCGCGAAGCUGCAGGAUGUGCGGGGCCGCGCUCCGGGCCCGGGGCACCCCCCGCUCCGGCUCCACGCGCGCCGCCUUCCCCCGGCCGAGGCCGCUGCACCUGGAGUUCGAGCCCGAGGUGGAGGACGCGCUGCUGCAGAGGAUCAUGACGCUGGUCGAGCCUGGCGGUGACGGCCACAAGCUGGCCCCCGCCUUCCUCCUCUGCCUCUGCGUCCAGCACUCGGCCACCCGCCUGGAGCCCGGCUCAUUUGGGCCGCUCCUGCUCAAGAUGGCCAAGGCAAUCCGAGAGACGGUCUGGGAGAAAACCAAAGAACUGGCGGAGAAGCAGGCACACCUCCAGGAGCCCCUCUCUCUGGCCGGCUUUACCAUGGCUGGCCUGGUUCCAGACCUGCAGCACAUCCUCUUCUGGAUGUCUAACUCGGUCGAGCUUCUGUACUUCAUCCAGCAGAAGUGCCCGCUCUACAUGCAGACCUGGGAGGAGGAGCUGGAUGUCACAGGCUCCAGGGAGUCCCUGCUCUCCUGCACGCUGACGGCCAGCGAGGAGGCCAUGGCGGUGCUGGAGGAGGUCAUCCUGUACGCCUUCCAGCAGUGCGUGUACUACGUCUCGAAGUCGCUGUACGUCUGCCUCCCGGCCCUGCUGGAGUGCCCCCCUUUCCAGACGGAGUGCCGGGAGAGCUGGUGCUCGGCGUCCCCGCUGCCGGAGGAGACGCGCCGGGUGGUGUCCGUCUACCAGGCCACCCUGGAUCUCCUGCGACAGUUCCAGGUGCACCCCGAGAUCGCCUCCCAGGUGCUGGCCUACCUCUUCUUCUUCUCCGGCACGCUGCUCUUCAACCAGCUCCUGGACAAGGGCCCCUCUCUGAGUUGCUUCCACUGGCCCAGAGGUGUCCAGGCCUGUGCCCGCUUGCAGCAGCUCCUGGAGUGGAUGAGGAGCACCGGCUGUGGGGAGGCCGGGGAACACUUCUUCCGGAAGCUUUCCUGCACGCUCAACCUGCUGGCCACUCCCCGAGCCCAGCUCAUCCAGAUGAGCUGGGCCAGCCUGAGGGCUGCGUUCCCCGCCCUGAGCCCAGCCCAGCUGCACCGGCUGCUGACACAAUACCAGCUGGCCUCCGCCAUGGGCCCCAUGAGCGCCUGGGAGCCCGAUGCCCGGGACAGCCCCGAGGCCUUCAAGUCAGAGGACGUCCUGGAGUCCUACGAGAACCCCCCGCCCAUCGUUUUGCCGAGCGAGGGCUUCCAGGUGAAUCUGGAAGCGGACUGCCCGGACGCCGGCAUCUACCAGCAGCUUCUGUACCUGCGCCACUUCCUGUGGAGCCUGCGGAGCAAACCCAGCCCUGGCGCCGGGCCUUCCCAGCCGGGGUGCCUUGAGGGCCCGCAGCACACCCCCGAAGGGCCCCCGGGGGGCCACAGCUGCCCGCAGGGUUCCAGGGGAGCUCGUGAAGCCGGCCAGGUGCGCCCUCCUCCUCCUGCGGGGGCUCCCCGCGCACAGGGCCCUCCAGGAAGGCAGAGCCGCGGGGGCCCCCAGGCUGGCGUCCUGCACGUGGACUCCUCGUGCCUGCUCACGCCUCCCGGCACCCCGCUCGGCCUCGAGCCCGCUGUCCCCGACUGGCCAGAGCCCGGCGGCACCUGUGGGAAAGUGCUCCCGGAAGGGAGGCCGAGCGGGCAGAGUGGCCCCCGAGGUGCAGCUGGGGAAGGAGACGGCGUGGCUCCGGCGGCCGAGCCCCCGCCAGCCCUCUCCAGCCGCAGCUCCAGCGCCGAGGACUUCUGCUACGUGUUCGCGGUAGAGCUGGAGCGGGGUCCCUCGGGCCUGGGGAUGGGCCUGAUCGACGGGAUGCACACGCCGCUGGGCGCCCCCGGGCUCUACAUCCAGACGCUGCUCCCGGGCAGCCCCGCGGCAGCGGACGGCCGGCUGGCCCUGGGCGACCGCAUCCUCGAGGUGAACGGCAGCAGCCUGAUGGGCGUCGGCUACCUGAGGGCUGUGGACCUGAUCCGACACGGAGGAAAGAAGAUGCGCUUUCUGGUUGCCAAAUCUGACGUGGAGACGGCCAAGAAGAUCCGCUUCCGCACCCCACCUCCCUAGGGCGGGCUGGAGGGACAGCUGUGCCGGCCGUGCCGUGUGGUCACGUCGCCUGCCGUGGAUAAUGUACAUCUUAGUGUAUAUUUUAUUUAUAUGACAGACGAUACGAAGUUGUGACGUUUGUUACAGAGCUUUUAUGUUUGAAAAUUUUAACGGAAAAGUAUAGAUUCAAUAAACUAUCUUUCGUACUCUGA